UCGCUGGUCCCUUCACCCACACGCACCCCCUGUCUCUCUCCCUCUCUCUCUCUCUCUCUCUACCAUGGUACUUAUUUUCUUCCACUAGCUGUCGUCUGCACUCAACAGACUAGUCAAAAUCAGGAAACGGAAUCAUCUUUUCGACCCACUUGAAGCAAAAACUCGAGGAAUUUAUACCUGAUCUUGUGCUCAUCUCUUGCGAUACCGACUCUUGCUUCUUAGAAUCCUUAAGUACUGACACAGAGAGAGAGAGAGAGAUCCUACUCAUAUUGAUUAUCUCAACAUGUCAGCCGCCAUAGCCGCUGCAGCAGCCGGGGCGUUGAGCAGCCAGUGCAACUACAUCGGCACGACCUCCGCCCCGGACGCCGCAAGAUCCCAUCUCCACCAGUCGUUUAUGUAUCAGCCGCCGGUGUUUCUGCCGCCCGCCCUGAGCCGCUACGAGUCGCAGAAGCGGCGCGACUGGAGCGCGUUCCUGCAGUACCUGCGCGACCACAAGCCGCCGCUGGUUCUGUCGCGGUGCAGCGGCGCGCACGUGCUCGAGUUCCUCAGGCACCUCGACCAGUUCGGGAAGACCAAGGUCCACGCCGAGGGCUGCCCCUUGUUCGGGUGCCCGCAGCCGUCACCGGCGUGCCCGUGCCCGCUGCGGCAGGCCUGGGGCAGCCUCGACGCGCUCGUGGGGCGGCUUAGGGCCGCCUUCGAGGAGACCGGCGGGGACCCGGAGACGAACCCGUUCGGCACGCGGGCCGUGAGGCUGUACCUGAGGGAGGUGAGGGAUGCGCAGGCCAAGGCCAGGGGGAUCGUUUACGAGAAGAAGAAGCGGAGGAAGCAAUACGAGGAGCCGAGGUCGGAGGCAAUAACGUUUCGGCACUGACGAUGACAGUGAUGUUUUGAGUUGCUUGAGAUUGACGCUAGACAGACUUCUCAAGAAUAAUUAAUUUGAUGUGGCUUUCUUUUUUCUGGUUUUGCGUUAAGCUAUUACUAGAUGGAUCGCGAACACGAUCCAUUCCUUGGUAUUUCCAUGAAUUUCAACCAUUGAUUUCUGCUGUCGAGGUAUCAAGCGAGCACCGUUCGAGAUAGAGGAUCUUCAUCCGAAUUUGGCAGCCGGGGAUUGAUGUGCAACAUCUAGAAUGUGGGUAUGGUUAGGAAGAUGAGAGUAAUUUAAUGUUUUGGCACCCUAUAUGUCUAUGCAGCUGGAAUUUGUAACUCAAAUUAUCAUUGCAGACCCUAUACCACUUCGCACCGGUCAUUGCUUUCUUGAUUAAUAUAAUGGUUUUUGUGGAACCUCAA